UGCGUGGAUUCUGGAAACUCAUACGAUAUGUGAUGCGAUUCAUUCAUGUCAUGUCAGAGCAAAUCUCAAGUUUCAAAUAAUCAGAGAAUCAAAUAAAAAAGCAUUUCUUAUUCCCCUGAAAUUGUAUGACGACUACAUCGGAGAUGGCCGGAAAUCGAAAAGUUUUCAACUUAUUGGAGCUUUCUCAGCAUAGAAGCCGCCAUGAUUGUUGGCUCCUCAUUGACGGGAAGGUCUAUGAUGUUACGGAUUUCUUGAAGGAUCAUCCUGGUGGAGAUGAUGUACUCUUGUUUGCUACAGGGAAAGAUGCGACUCAUGAAUUCGAGGAAGUAGGUCAUAGUUCAUCUGCAAAAGCCAUGUUAAGUGAGUUUUAUGUAGGUGAUAUAGACUCGACCAAGGCCAAUGAUAUUGCUAUUACUGCCACUCCUAAACAGACGACCGAGCAGAUUCAAGAUAACAACAACUCUGAGUUGUUGAUUAAGCGCUUUCAGUUUCUUGCUCCUCUUCUGAUCUUAGGUUUGGCUCUUGGUGUUCUUUUUUAUCAAGACUGAUCCAUCUUUUCUAGAAGAAUCGAUACAGUGAUCGGGGGCAAAUUAUAAAAUAUCGAUAUGUACAUGUGUUGAACUAAUUUGCUUUUACGUUCCUCUGUAUUGUUCUGUAUAAGACAUCUUAAUUGUAAAAGUGACAUUACCCUUGAAAAGCAUGGGUAUGUCACAGUCAUGCAUUAUGUCCUUCUGAUUUUCCGGAUAGUUAUAAUAACUUAUAACAUCAAA